GGCGAACCUUUGGCACUCGACUGGUGUUCCUACGGAUCGAGACAAAAGCGCUCGUUCAGUGACGGCCGGAGUAUUGCUGCCAGCUGGAAGUCGUUCGUUCCUGGCAUCAAAGGGGAUACGAUCGAUCGUGGCGUUAGGCGUUCUAUGUGGAUAGGGGGGAGAGAAUCGCGGGACAGGGCAAGAGCUGAGUUGCACACACCACAUUUGAUGGGAUCUGUCUCCUCACUGGAUGGACAACUGAGAACCUGCCCUCUCCCAUCAAAUCAGAAUGAUAAAACCGGUAACAUAUUCAAAGUUACACUUCAGGGUGUAGUAUUCAGCACACCCCAGAAGCCCUACUUCUUAUGGACAUUUGAGUGCCCCAUAACAAUACAAUGCCCAGGAUUGGGUGACGGCAGAACAGCCUACGAAGAUGUUCCCGACAUAACAGAUGUAUUUCCAUUUUUGAGCGUGCUGUGUACCGUCACAUUUGAUAUCAAAAUAUGCCGUCAGUCGGUACUUUUGAAGGCGCUGAUUGAAGAGUUAUUGGGAACGGAAGGUAAUGAAAUCCCCGACUCCGCGACUGCUGAACUGAUGGCACUUGAAUGUUCUAGGCCUUCAUAUACCAUAGGCACAUCAUAG